ACCCACGAGCUGAGCUCUCCAUGUCACACCUCACUUCAGGCACAGCCUCCAUGCAGGGAGCCAACCUCUCAGCAGUGACUGAAUUCAUCCUCAUCGGCUUCUCCACCUUCCCCCACCUCCAGCUGAUGUUCUUCCUGCUCUUCCUGCUCAUGUACCUGUUCACGCUGCUGGGCAACCUGCUCAUCAUGGCCACCAUCUGGAGCGAGCGCAGCCUCCACACCCCCAUGUACCUCUUCCUCUGCGCCCUCUCCAUCUCUGAGGUCUUCUACACCUUCACCAUCAUCCCACGCAUGCUGGCCGACCUGCUCUCCACCCACCGCUCCAUUUCCAUCACUGCUUGUGCCAGCCAGAUGUUCUUCUCUUUCAUGUUUGGCUUCACCCACUCCUUCCUGCUCACCGUCAUGGGCUAUGACCGCUAUGUGGCCAUCUGCCACCCCCUGCGCUACAACGUGCUCACGAGUCCCCGUGGCUGUGCCUGUCUGGUGGCCUGGUCCUGGGUUGGAGGCUCAGUCAUGGGGCUGGUGGUGACAUCAGCCAUUUUCCAGCUCACCUUCUGUGGCUCUAAUGUGAUCCAUUAUUUUGGCUGCCACGUGCUACCUCUCCUGAAGUUGGCCUGUGGGGACAAUGUCUCCACAGUGGCCAUGGGCGUGGACCUAGUGUGUAUCACGGCCUUGCUGGGAUGCUGUCUCCUCAUCCUCCUCUCUUACGCCUUCAUUGUGGCCACCAUCUUGAGGAUCCCCUCUGCUGAGGGCCGGCACAAGGCCUUCUCCACCUGUGCGUCCCACCUCACCGUGGUGGUUGUGCACUAUGGCUUCGCCUCCGUCAUCUACCUCAAACCUGCGUCCACACACACCACUCAGAAGGACAUGGCUGCCUCAGUGAUGUACACCAUGGUCACCCCCAUGCUGAACCCCUUCAUCUACAGCCUGCGGAACCGAGAUCUGAAGGGUGCCCUCAGGAGACUUCUCAGUAGGAAUCCCUUUGCUAAGCCUCUCUGA